AUGGCAGAAAGUUACGAUGGCUUCUCCUACAAUGAUUGUGCCGAAAAGUGCAUGGAACCUGUUACCAUCUCACCGAUGGGUUUUACGGGUGAAGAUCGAUUCUCGUGGAUUUUUUUCACUCGCAAGGUUACAGGCCAAUACACUUAUCCCCUUGAUCUUCAGCUGUUAGUUGAUCACUCAGGCGUGGAUGCUACAAAAUGGAAAAUCCUGAAAGUCAUUUACAACAAUCAAACGUUUGAUUCUGUUGAUGAGUUGGUGAACGAGUACAACAAAGGCACUAUAAGCAAAAUCAAGAUACCAGCACCAAAGGGGAAAGGUUCACUAUUUUCAAGCUAUGAGCGCAGAGGAGAUCCCCAACCAGUCAAGCCUAUGCGAGGCCCUGAGAUGUAUGAGCCUGACGGAAAGAGAUACACUGUCAGUGGACGCCACGUUAACUACAUGUCUUGGUCCUUUGAUUUUAGAGUGGAUUCCAACUUUGGCUUGCAAAUAUACGACAUAAAAUUCAACGGAGAAAGAAUCAUCUACGAGCUCAGCAUUCAGGAAGCCGCGGCCACGUACGGCGGAUACUAUCCAAACCCUUCCUGGAACAACUUCCUUGACGGUAAUUGGGGAAUGGGUAAAAGUAGCUUUGAGUUGGUGCAAGGCGUGGACUGCCCCUAUACUGCCACUUUCUUCGACUUAGUGCACAUGAUGGGAUCUCCAAUACCACUGACAUUUCACAACGCUGUCUGCGUGUUCGAGCUGAACACUGGAAUGCCCUUGCGACGACAUUAUGAUAAUAAUUUUGUGGGGGGCUACCGCUUCUAUGGUGGAAUGGCCGAUCAAGUGCUCGUUUUACGUACAAUUUCCACUGUAUACAACUACGAUUACGUGUUCGACUUUAUCUUUUACCAAAGUGGUGUCAUAGAAGUCAAGGUUUCACCAUCUGGUUAUGUCUGGGGUGCAUUCAUCGACUCUAGCACUGAUCCAUACGGGUAUAAACUUUACGAACACUUGACUAGUGGCACACACGAUCAUCUUUUCAACUACAAGGUUGACUUAGACGUCGGUGGAAGAAAGAACUCUUAUGAGACAAUUGAGAUCGGAAUAGAAAACAUCACAGAGCGGUGGUUUCCCAACAAACGGCGUGUCCAAAAGGUCCUAAAGCGCAGCGUCAAAAACACGGAGUUAGACGCCGCUUAUAAAUUUAACUUUGAUACUCCAAAAUAUCUGAAUUUCUUUAAUGAUGCAGAGAAGAACAGGGUGGGCGUGAAGAAAGGAUAUCGCAUACAACUGGGAGGAAUACUGAAACAAUUGUAUCCUGAAGACUGGAUGAUGGUAUCCAUGAUGAGUUGGUCUCUUUACCAAAUGGCUGUCACAAAAUAUAAAGAAAAUGAGACGCAAAGCAGCUCCAUCUAUAACCAGAACGCCCCUGCAGAUCCACAGGUUAGUUAGACUGCAAAACAGUCCGUAUUUUUACGUAUUCAAGUACGCGCGAGCAGUCAAACAAAAAGUCUGGUACGAGGCUGAAAACAGAGAGCGAGACUGGGGAGAGACGCAAAAAUACGGGUUUUUUUCUGUCGUCUCAGGCUCGCGCGCUUCGCGCGCGUCAGACUAUCACGCUACCCUUUACCGAUUUCUUUACUGAUUUUAAGAAAAAAAAAAAAAACAGACUGUUUUGCAGUCUACAGGUUAGUGAAGGGGAGUGGGAGGGAGAUUGUACAAGAAGCAGUGUCAUAUUAUCCCUGAGGCUGUACCUCUCUCAAGCCUAGGUCACAGUUUGUAUAGUUAUUUAGCUAUUUAUAGAUUUAUCUUUCGCGCAAAAAACUCUUACAGAAUCAGAUUAGUGUACGAUCUCUAUCAGUAGCAGAUGAGAUCAGCAAGGUGACGAGCAAAGGACUUGACAAAAGAGCGGUUAUCUAGCAGAUCAACUGCCAUAUUGAAUUGUGCGGACGUUUAAGAAUACAGUUUUUAAAUUAAAAAAUAGACUUAAGGUCUUAAGUGCCGUGAUACUCAUUAGACGUUUCGUGGUGAUGGGCUCUUCAAUGGCAAGGACCAAAAACUUUGGCGACUGAGCUCGUUUCAUCAUUUCUUAAGAUCUUCACUGAAUUCAUUCCAUCCUAGCCUCUGUCAUUUUUCCUAGAAUGUUUUUAACGUCUUCUUCAAUAGAAAAUUUGAUAAUUGCCAAAAUUUUUAUCCCCACAGUUGGAUUUCCGUCAGUAUCUUUUGGAUAACGACUCCAUCUUGAACGAGGAUCUAGUUGCCUGGGUGACCGUCGGGGCGAUUCAUGUGCCACAUUCAGAAGAUCUUCCUAACACGGCAACAGCUGCCAACUCGGCCAACUUCUUCAUCAGACCUUUCAAUUACUUUGAUGAAGAUCCUUCUAUUGGAUCCACUAAUGCCUUGCUGAUCACACCUACAAUGCAAGGUGGUCAAAAGGUGGAACGUUAUGGUACUCCAGAUGGUCCGCAAUGUGUACCCAAGGAAAACAAACUUGAUUUUGAUGGUCACUAUUUUCGUUUUUAAAUCGUAUUGAGUACCUAUAUCUCUUGCUUCCAGUAUUUUAAUAAAAAGUGUGCGGGUACCUUGUUCACUUCAAAUAUUAAAAAAAAAAACGUUUUAAAAAAAUAUUUUUUUAUAUCUUUGUACACUUUGAUUGCUUGUUUUAAUAUUUUUUGGACCGAAGAUGUUUCUUUGUAUCCGCGAUUAUGCUAUUAUCGUUCAGUACUGAAGCCAUAUUGAGCGACCUUGUUGUUAUUUUUUCCAAUAUUCCCGACCUGUGCGUGUGUGUGUCUUUUCAAUUAUAUUUUGUCCAUACGUGUGCAGUCGAAAACAUCGCCAUCAAUAACGUUCCAUUAAAGUCGAUAAAAAAUUUAUCAACUGUAUCGGAAAUCGAUAGAAUUCCACAGAGGAAAAAUUGUGACCGAACAGUGCGAGGUAGAAUCAGUUAUUUCUAUUAUGUUACGUUUCCUUCAUUUUUAUCUCCUUACCAGGCUGUCGAUUUUAAAUGUAACCCUUUCGUUAGAAUGUUGAGUUAUUUUGUCAAAUAAAUCUCGAAGCAAAUGUAAUCCCCAAAAGCAAUACAGUAAUUUACUGAUGCCCUUAUACAUAACACAAGAAUCGAAAAUCCAUACGUUAAACUAAUAUGCUUUCGGACUCGCAUAUGAAAGAGAAUGGAAAUCUCAUUGCCUGUUUUAGUACUGGUCUUAAGCAUGAUUGAUUCCCAGAUUGGUGCCCACUUUUUUGGCGAGCCAGUCCUCGUAACAUUCAUACGGGAAUAUGAGGGGCCAUGCAAGACCCUCUGAUUUCUGAGUCAGUGUAAUGCGAUGCAAUGUCUUUUUCACCAAAAGAGAAUUCAUGUAUCUCCCAUAAAGUGCUAAUUCCUAAGAUGCGAUCAUCCCUCUCAUAAAGCUCAAGCAACACUCAGAGUUGGAAAUCACCUUGAGAAAGAGUAUCAGUGGAUUUGUCAUUUACAUUUCUUACUUUGGCGGUUUUCAGCUUGGCUCUCCGAGAAACUGCUUAGUCAGAUAUUCUAAAGUAAUACCUAAAUUUUGCAUGAAAUUUGUGACGGAAUUCCUUUGCCUUAAAUCGCAUGAUCCGAAAAACUGUGAAAACUUAUUAUGAUACUUGCUACUGUUAAAACGUUUCAGGGUUUAUUGUACGUAAUUUCGACAUGUUCAAGUCAAAAUGUCAUUUAAACCUCAGCCACUCGGUUAUUCGCUCCUUUGCGGCCAUACCUUUAGCCCAUUUUGUUUGCAACCUUUUCAAGGCUUGAUUUGGCACGAACCGCGCGUAGACAACAUUCAUGUCACGCGGUUGGGCAAGAGGUAGGUCAUGCCCGCCGUGAUGUCAAGCGUCUCACACGACAAGAAAGAAUUGCGUGACAGCUUUUAGCUGACCUUUGCAGGGAUAAUUCAAUAUUUCUGUUUAUGUUUGCGUCCUAUACUCUUUUACAGAUGUAAGGUUAAAAGAAAUAUUCACCUUUGGAUUGCAUCUGUCCCUACAUUGGGAGAUUUGCAACUAACCGCAAAGAGAAAGUACUGGUAACUUGUCACCAUUUCCCCCUCUGUCAUGUCUUUAUGUCAUUCAUUCUGGCCGCAGUAGUGUGGCGGUCACAGUGCUCUGUUCAAAAAACAAAGGAAAAGGGGAUAUAUCAAGUGAAUUUCACGAAUUUUCAGUAUUACGAUUAAUUGCUGUGGAAAUGUCGAAUCCGGAAGUAGCGCCGACCAAGCGAAAAGCAGAGCUUGAGAGCUGCGGUGAUGAAAAUUCGAAAAAAUCGAAGACAGAUUCAUCAACGCCGCUUGAGUCGCCGGGUCAGGAAAAUUUCCCGGAGGAGCACUUAAAGGACGAAACCUUAGCUGACACAACAUCCGAGGAGGCCACAGAGAGCGACGAAGUCCAGGUUAGGUGGAUUUAGAGCAAUUCCAUGAGACGGCGCGUUCUUGGCUGAUUCAUGGAGAUCGAAUUUCGUUUGAAGGGUUUUUAUACGGCCAAUGCGACUAAUGGGUUAAAUAUUCUAGGAGAUGUAAUUAUUUUGGAUUAAUGUUAAAUUACAGCGGACCAUGAUGGACAGAAAGAUGUAAAUUCAGUUUCAUUUAUGGUUUUGCUCGUGAUCGCAGUAAGAUUUAUUUUUCAAGUGAUUUUGUUUAAAUGACAGUUUUUUCAUGCAAAUGAUCCGUGGCACGGACUAAAGAUCGGGCUGCAUUCUAUCUUUUGUCCUGUUGUUUCCGGUUCUUUCUGGGAAAAAUAAUUUAUUUGAGGCGAAAAGAUCAAUGGAAAUUGAUAAAAGAAAAUUUGAGUCCAUUGACAGCCGAAAAUGAGUAAAGUAGAACGUUGAUAGGUCUUGACAUUCAGACUAGCCACAAAUCAAUAAUUGCAGCGGCCUUUCGCGGGAAAUCAACAUUUUUGGACGAUAUGAACAAGCUGUAAUAAUAUCAGUUUUCGCUUUUUGCGGUUUUGUUAGAAAAUGUCUGAAAUAAUGUCUUGUUACUCGAUGUGAAUCACGUAUUCGAAGGAAACUGGAAUGAAAGUUGCUUUACCAGAGGGCUAUAGCACAAGAAAGAUUAAAUCGUAAAAACAUGUGUGGUUUGAAGCUCUUGGUAAAAAAAAAAAUUCUGUAAGCUUUACGAUGUUUUUUCAACAGAUGAUGAUUGAAGGAAGGAACUGGUAAUUGAUACUGUUGAUCGGAUUGAAGGAAAAAAAUAUAACUUUUCAACCAAAUUAUUCUGCACCACAUGAGGGAUUCAACUUCAACCCAAUUUAAUUUGCAAAUUUUCUUUGUCUUUCACUUCUAUUUUUAAGAUUUUGAAACAGAAAAAGUUCAUAAAAAUGUCAAUAAGACAGCUUUUAACGAAAUUAUUUGCCUUCAUUAUUUGAGAUGAAUAGAUUAAAAAGUCCAUGGCUUCAUUUUAGGAUAGUGAAUUGAUGGUACUAUGAAGAUUUCAGCACACACUACAAUUUAAGUACCUGUCAAUUGUGUUGCUUAUAGCAGACAAUGUAUUUCAGAAUAUUACUAACUACCUAAGUAAUAAAUUGCUUCCUGGUUUGCAGGCAAUUUAAUAAACUAUUGUGUUUCUCAAAGAAAAGCACAUGUUAGGUUGAGGUUAAACUUGUAAACUUCGGUCAAAAAGGAAACAUUUAAAGCAGAGUUGUUGUAAUAUCUCAUGAUGUUCAAGGUAUUUAGUCAGCUGGAUUUCAAAUUUGUGAAUUUUUUUAUUCACAAAUUGAAUGUUAUUGUAUUCAUGUGAUAAUUCUUUUCAAUCGUUACAUCUUUGAUCUCCAGAAAGAGCUUAUAAGAAUAUAAUUAUCAAUUCAGAUAGAUAGAUUUUUUUAGGAAUAGACAAUGGAUAGUGAUUUUUGUGUAGUGAUACAUGGGCUUUAAAAUUGCUAUCAGAGGUAAGUGAAUGCAGUGGGUGGGAUUUCUGGGAUGUUUUGUAACAGCGUCUUCUGAUAUUUUAUCUUUGUUUUUACUACAGAAAUAUUUGACAAGUACUGCCAUUAUCAAGAAACUCUAUCUUUUACUUCUUGAGAUAAUUUCCGGAGAAAUGAAAUAUUAAUUGGUCUAAUAUUAACUUAAGGUUGUGUUUUGAUCCCAAAAUUAAUCUCUCCAAAUUACACUCUAGAUCUAUUUUUGGGUUCAUAAAUUAUUGUUGUUUUCCUUUCUCCUUGGUUUCUCUGAUUAAAUAUUUGCGAGUUUAUCUUAUUGUCUUAUGGUAUUAGGGUCAGUGCAAUUAUUUCAACUGGGAGGGGGGGGGAGGGCUUGAAACGCACGCUAGAGACACAAGUUUGUUGGAGGGAGAGUCUUGGGGAGUCCUACCACAGAAAAUUUUGAAAUCUAGAGGCACGGAAAUGUUAUUUUCAAUAUUCUCAAUAAGAUCUUUACUGAGCUGCCUGUGGUUCAGCCCAGUUAUAAAAUGGGCUUGGUUUUUCCUUCUGGCACAAACCACACUCUGGUGUGUUCAGUGCAUGUGCAGGAUAUGAGAGUACACAUAGAAUAGGUCAGUGGACUUCAGCAGAGUACAUUUUAUUAGGGAGCUCGAAGCGAAUCGAAGCUAUAGGCAAUCUAUCUUUGGUGGAAGCAUAAGAAUUCCAAAAAUACGAAUGUAAAUGCUGUUGAUGGUAAGCCCACAGUAAACUCAGUUUUGUAUCAACCAUCAAUAACAUUGGAAUUAUCAAUCAUAUAUUUAUAGUCUCAGUUCAAACAGUUUAAAGAGACCUGUGGGUUGGGGUGGUGUCUGGCAUGGGACUGGAUUUAGAAGGGUUACUUCUUCCUUUCAUACGCUGUCAGCUGUCUGUUGUGGUAAACUUUUUGUUUCCAUACAAAUUAUACAUUAUUUCUAUCUAGUCUAGGUUUUAUGGCAGCCCAGUGUACACCUUCUGGUGUCUAGUUCUUUGAAAGGGAAGGUACUCCUAGUGCUUACAGCAUGUACCUUAUUCUUAAUUACAAAUAAACCAUUUUUCUCUAGAAGAUUACCUUCCCUCCCUGCUCCACUGUCCCUGCAGACUUUAAUAAUGGCUUGGGUCAGACUAACACCUUUACAUCAUCCCUAGGAGUUUUAUAAAGAUGUAUAGGGGUUUUGAUCCAGUCUGUUCCGAUCCAGAUUUUGACGGUUAAAAAAAUCUUAGUGUUGCAGAUGAGUGCAAUCACCAAAAUGAUGUUGGUAAUACAAAAGAUUUAAAAGACAGUGAAGAAUACCCAUAAUGCAACACAAAAGUGAACCGGCAAUGGUUUGCACAACACCGAGAAACAUCCAGAUUUUGUUAUAGCAUUUUAAAUAGGAGACAAAAAGGGUAGUUUAACCUCACAUUUUUUAUGUGUACGCUAUCAUUGGUCUUUGAAGUAUUUAAAUAUAGUCCACUGAAGCAGCACUAUACAAAUCAUGAUUAAAUUUGCUUUUUUGCAUCUAAUCUUAAGUCAAACACAGAAGCUGUGAGCACAUGUGGUAGGCUUCUUAUUAGUGGUGGAACAAACUGGGACAUGAUUGGACGAAAAGAGGUCCCAAAAUCUGGAGGUAGGUGGAUAUAAACUAAUGUUUGUUCGUUCUUCAAGUUGGCAAUCUUCCAACUUUAUUUUUAAUCAAAAUAAUACAGAACUCUCAAAAAAAUUAUAUUUUCUUGAUGUUUUUAAAUGCAAUAAAUUUUACCCUUUACAUUGCAUGUGUGUAUUUAUGCUGUAUAAGUACUACAUAUAUGCGAUCUUUACUGUUGAGAAGUAUUGACUAAUGAAGUGGAUUAAAAUACUUAAAAAUCAAGAGGGUAAUCUUGACCUUUCAAAAUAUACAGUGUGUAACUGUGUUUUGUCCCGUAUUCCACUGAGCCCUGUUGUUAAGGAAACUGGACUUGACCAAACCUUUGGUUGUACAUGUAAUAUUACUGUAUCAGAGGAUGGUAAUUUAUGAUUGCAUGGUUGUUCUCGUAGAAAACCUGAAGGGAGCUUAAUACUAUGGACCUGUGAAAUCCAGGGUACCCUAAUCAUAGGAUUUCUUUAAAAAAAACAACUAAGAUUUCCUAGUCACCAAAAAGCAAAAGUGUGGCACCAGGGGUCACCAUGUGCUGCCAUAGUAUGCCACAGCUCUGGUAUUUGAUUGAUUUAUAAUAAUAAUAAUAAUUUUUUUGUGAAGUACAUAUAGAUUUUAACAUUGAUUACGAGGAAUCAUUAGGCUGCUAAAUUUCCACGGCUGCUGUUACUUUUGAUUUUAAUACAGCAAAUGCUGGAGGGCCUAACUUGUGGGAACCACACAGUAUUUCAUCAUUAAACAACAUCAGAGUCCAGCAUGUGGCAUCAGGACCUAGUGCUUGUCACAGUAUUAUCAUUUGCGAGGGUGGAACCAUCAUGAGUUUUGGUAUGUGGUGUAGGGUUAAUAAUUAAUUUUUUUGCUGAUAUUGAUUUAAGUUUGCCAACCCCAAAGUGUAGCACGUGCUAUUGCAAAAUCAUCAUCAUCAACAUUGCCAUCAUCAUCAACAUCAUAAUCACCAACGCCACCAUUACCACCACCACCACCACCACCACCAUAAUCAUCAUCAUCAUCAUUGCCAACACCACCACCACCACCACCACCAUAAUCAUCAUCAUCAUCGUUAGCACCACCACCACCACCACCACUACCAUAAUCAUCAUCAUCAUCAUCAUCUCCACCAACACCAACACCACCAUCACCGUCAUACUCAUCAUCACCAUCAUCUUCUUCACCGGCACCACCAUCGGUCCCAUAAGCAUCAUCACAGUUGCCAAAAGCGUCAGCAGCUACAUCACGNUUCUUUUUGUUAGGUCGUAAUGACAAAGGUCAGCUUGGCCAUGGGGACACAAUCCGCUGCAAUAAGCCAAAGGUCAUAGAGAGUUUAAAGACCUACACUUUUGUACAGGCCAGUUGUGGAAAGGCACACACUUUGGUCCUUACAGGUUAGGAAAAGUUGCUAAAGGAGUCAAAGCUUAUCUUCGGGUUAUUGUUUCUUGGUUUGUUUCAUAUUACAUGUAAAUUAUUUUAUUUUUCAGCUGAAGGCAUCUUGUUUGGUUUUGGAGACAAUAAAAUGUCACAGCUGGGCCAAGGUCAUCAAAAGCCCAUUAUGCCGAAGCCUGUCCAGGUACAGGAUACCCAUCUAAUUUAAUCAUUUUGGUUAAACAGAAACGCAGCCUUUCACCAUUAUGGUCCGCCUUCGACUUGGCCCAGUUUUCAUACCUUUCUAGUUAAACUUUACAACACUUCCAAAUACCAAUUUAGAUUUUAGUGCAGAAACACUCAUUGGAAAAGUUCAGCUUAAGAGUUCUCAGGUGUUUCCUGGCUGAGUUUUAGACGCUACCUACAUUUUAGUAAAAUCCAAUUAGUGGCCUGGUCUAUUAUCAAUGCUGCGGUCUGAUUGGUUGAGCUACUACUAGGCUAUAUGUUAUAGCGAACUAGUAGCGAAAAGCGCCGGCUUUUUGGCGGCAAAAAAGGAUUAAAGUCUAGCUUUAACUAGCUAAAGUUGUUUUGUCUCGAUAUUUUUGACCAACUAGUUGGAUUUUACUAAAACAAUUAUUCCUCUCGCCCUCUUGGCCUCUGAGUCAAUAGCCCAUUCGGGCUCGAGGAAUAAUUGUUAAUUAACUGUGCUGAAAUGACUCGUUCUACAGGAAAAAGUUUCCGUGUGGUAUUUGCGAAGGCAAAAUGCAAUAAGAUGUAGAACACUGAAGCAGUCGGGAGCUUGCAAGUUAAUUAAAUAUUGGCAAAGAUUUUUAUCUGUAAUUUUCUUCCCUUUUUCCUCACGUAACAGAUUGUUCAUCCAGGAAACAAAAAGAUCAUCAAAACAGCUUGUGGUGCUGAAUUUAGCAUGUUUAUUGACGAAAAUAACUUACUCUACUCGUUCGGUCGCCCUGAAUACGGGCAGCUUGGACAUAACACAGACGGGCAGUACUUUGUCACGGCCAAUAAGUUGGCCUUUGACUGCGAGGUUCUUCCUCGGCACGUUGCUGUCUUUGUGGAGAAGACAAGAGACGGCUUGACGCACGUUUUGGAUGAUGUCAAGAUAGUAGAUGUAUGUUGUGGUAAUAAUCACACGGUAAGAUUUUUCCCCUUCCAUACAGUCGAUUCUGUCUUACGCCUCGUUCACACGUAUUUGAAUAUUUUUGAAAAUGAAGAUUUUUUCUCCGUUGAAAAAAAACGCGUCCAUACUUACCGUAUUUGAAUCCUUUACUCCCGUCCACAUGAAAACGUUACUGAAAACGACAGAAAUACGGUAGCGACCCUUUCAGAGCAUGCGCCGUAUGAUGUAUGAUAUCAUCCUAUUGGAAAAUCUCCGUUUUCGUCCGUCCGUACGAAAAUAAAUCUGGUAUUUUUGUUGCUCAGUCGGUGAGUCGUUUGACAGGGUAGAAAUGGCGAUGUUGUCACCAGCAGACGAUCUAAAAAUAGUGUGGUCCUCAGUUAGCUCUGCGCGCUCAAAACAUUGUACUUUACUGAAAAAAAACUUCUCGCUGUUUUGGCCCUAUAAGCGUUUGUCAAUUGUGUAAAUUUUUUUUCCAGGUUGCAAGAGACACUAAAGACAGGGUAUACACUUGGGGAUUUGGAGGUUACGGCCGCCUUGGUCAUUACCAACAAAAAGACGAACUGGUUCCUAGACUCGUGAACUUCUUCAAAGGAAAAAGUAAGUAUAAAUAUUCAUUUUUUGGAGAUUUCUCUCUCAGGGAAAGGGGACCCUAAGAACUCGCCAAAAUCACCGGGUAGAAAAAGAACCGGAAGAGAAUCAAGUCUUUUUUUCGAGUUUACGCGAAAAUACUGUCAACAUACACACUGAACCUCUUGUACCGCAAACUAUUAACUUAGUUAUGUGACAUUGUUUCAAUAUAAUACAGCAGUUGUUCAAAAAUUUAGAUUUGACUUAGCUGACUUGAUAGAGUAAGUUGUCCACAUUAGUACAAUUAGCCUGCGAAAACAUCCGUUUCUCCUCGCUCUUCGCCGCUGGGGACGUUUCGAAACGUCCCCAGCUACGAAGAGCGAGGAGAAACGGAUGUUUUCGCAGGCUAUAGUACAAUCCAAAAUGCAGCUUUUCAAGCCUUAGCUCUGUCUCGGUAGGGUAUUUGAAGAUGCAAAGAUGCCAGCUUUUAAUCCACUGUACAAAAGCCAAUGUAUUUUAUCUAUUUAUGUGAUGAAGGAAAAUUUUUGCGUUAGUUCAAUCACAGGUCGAGUUAGCCGCAGGAGCUGUGUGACAAAAUUUAUCAAAAUUCAAACAGAACGAACGGCCACCGAAUUGAAAGAAACAUUAAACAGGGACACCCAACGAUGGUUUCCUCCUAAAUACAUUGAAAACACUUUUUAGGCUAUCCAGAGUACUUUUAGAUAUCUAGAAAUGCAUUCUAAGCGGUGCUAUAAAAUUUGUAUCUGUUCAGUCAUCCGAGGGAAGCUUGAGUCUUUUCGAAAUUACAAGGUCUUGAGUAUUAUUUUUCCGAAAAUUUUAGAUGAGGUUUGACGUACUACGAAAGAGAGACAUUUUAUUAUAUGAGGCGUUUAUUUGGAAGUGGGCUUUUAUUAGGUCACUUACGGUAACUGCUAUUAAAAACAAAAUGAACAAGGUACCCUUGACAGUCACACAGCCUCUUUAACCUUACCCGACAUCUUUUUUAGGUGUUUCAUCUGUUCAUGCUGGUUCCACAUACAGCAUGUCGGUCUGUGGGGUAAAGAAUUCUCAGUUAUUUUUCUGGGGUCAGACUAAGAGUACAGGUGAUGCGACCAUGUAUCCUAAGCCAGUUAGCGAUAUGUGUGGCUGGGAUGUACGCAGUGUUGGCUGCUCGUAAGUAUCCAGUAAUUUAAUAUUUUGCACUCAUUGUCCCGCCUUGAAUUAGGAACAGCCUUGCUACUGUAGCUGCGGGCAAUGCUUCUUUAAUAUCAUCUUUGUAUAGUUGUUGUUUUGUAACCAUAACAACCUGUAAACUUGUUGAACAAUAGAAAGAUUAGUCAGGUUUUCUACCUAUCUGAUUGGCUGAAAUUCCCCUGAUUAUUCUUCACAACCAGCUAGCGUUUACCAUAUUUGGAAGACGUUUUCCGAUAUCAGUACAAUUUAAAAUGGAAUGGAAGGCGCGGUAGCGCAGCGUUUUGGAAAGGCUGGAGAAAAUGGCGGAUGAUAGAAUUUGUCAGUAUGAACGCGGUGUCCGUAUUAAGCGGGUUGAACUUAGAGAACAUGAACCGUAAUAAUGAGCUGUCCGUAUUUAACUGUAUUACAAAACUUUAUCCAAUAAUUGUUUAUUAUUUUAGAUAUUAGGCUGAUUUAGCAACAGGACGUGAACGUCAGUUGACAACGGCAAAACGCUUUGAAAGGACUAAACACGACUUCCGGUGCCCAGUUUGCCGUUUCUGCCGUUAGUCAAGCCAUUGUUUAAUUCGUGCGCGCCGUCGUCAACUGACUUUCCCGCUCUGUUGCUAAAUCAGCCUACUUUACUUGCGGACAGCCCCCCCCCCUCCCCCCGCCUUCCCUCCCUAUUCUCUCCCUAUCUGGUCGCGCUUUCUUCAAUACCCCCCAAGAGACCUUGUCCACCCCGGGUCCCCGGGCACCAUGGGACGUAACGUGAUGAACCCGGUAAUUUACCUCCCUCUCUCCCGGAUUCAAACCAAACCGAUAUACUCAAGUGUUAAAGAGGGGAAUUGUUUUCAGGGAGGGGGAGGGGAGGGGAGGGUUCAAGGAAGAGGGUGGGGUUAAAUUGAUGGAGCCACUUAGCAAAUCAGCUUUUUCAUCCGAAAAUUAAGAAUGAGAGUCAAACUUUUCCUGCUCAACUUGACAGCGUCAGAAGCGAUUGGUGCUUCAUUUGUAAAGGAAUUUUCCGUGUAUCCAGCAUAAGCGCUAGACGAGCAUUUUCUUUUCUUCUCCCCUCGUCUCGCACUGUGCGCUCGUUUCGUGCUUCACGCAAAAUGCCGUGUUUUCCUCGCUUGGUUCAUAAAGCGACUGUUAUGCAGGCUAUUUUCUGUGUCACUCCUCGUGAACAGGUUUUGAUGCGUACCCCUGGCCAAAUGAUGAAACGUAACCUAUGAGAUUUUUUUUUUCGAUAGCAAAACGAGUAUUGUUCUCGCCGCAGACGAUAGCGUAGUCAGUUGGGGACCGAGUCCUACUUACGGAGAACUGGUAAGAAGCUGACGUAUGUACUGAAUUAGUGUUCGCUUUUUACAGUGGUCCACUGACCGCAGCAGGAGAAGCUCAGUCGGAAGAACACUUGUCUAAAGAGCGAGAGGUCGCGGGUUCGUUUCCUGGGGCCGGACCAAUACUCAGGGCCUAAAAUAUGUGGGAAAUGAAGGUACAGCCUUCGCCCUGCAAACGGCUAAACCUUUUUGUGGUUCGGAUGACCACGUAAAAUGGCGUUUUCUUCUGCACAAGAAGAUGGAAAAAUUGAGUUCCCUUAUACUUUCGUGCGUAACAUAUUGAGACUCUUUUUUAUUCAGUAGAAAUUAAGCAUAGCUUUCCAAACCAAGGGAAAGAAAGUCAUCAACUGUUAACCGUCUAAAGAGUUUUGUUCUCUGAUAGCGCAGAGCCUAUAGUCCGUCACGCAAUCUCUCCUUCUCGUUGGGAAAGAAAAGAUUACGUGACGUGCCAAAGGAAUGCCUCCAUGGGAGGCUAUGGAACCUUUAGUUUGGCGGGGUGCUUUUAGUAAGAACGCAUCUCCAUUUAGGGUACACAAACGUCCAUCGGAGAAAAAAGAAAAACUUUAUCUUGAGGUCUCGAAUGCUGUUGUAAUCUCCUAGCGUGCAGUGAUUUUUGGACUGUGUCACAGCAGUACUUACCAAGCUUCCCAUAUAACGCCCUUACUUAUGAUAAAGGCUGUCUGAUUAUUUAAGCAAUAGACAACACUUUCUAUGGGUUUACCGGUGUGAUAACGCAUGCGGGAUGUUGAGAGAACACGAGAAAAGCUUGUUUACAAGUAGGUUAUCACGCCGGUAAAUCACCAUAGGCUUUUAACCAAUCAGAACAGGCGUACCAUCUUAGUUAUUUUAUAAAUAGAAAUAUAUUCUCCCUUUUGCGGAGGAACUGUCACUUGUAAUGAUAAUGGCUGCAUUCUUAGUAGUGAGUAUUUGUUUUUUUCUCAGGGAUAUGGACUUAGAAAAGGAGGGCAAAAAUCAUCAACAAACCCUAAGAUUGUAGAACCACUGGAAGGCAUCUACGUUCAGGAAGUAGCGUGCGGUUAUGGCCAUACAUUGUACAUAGCACGUGAUGAGGAAACCGAUUUACCGUUACUGAGCAAACUCCCAGUGUACGAUCCUGACAAGGUAAGGGUCUUUUUCAUAAACCUUUAA